AUGCUCGGCAACAUCCUGGGCUCGCGUCUCGUGACUGCCGCCGUGUCUUGCGCUGCUCUCGCACUGUCAUCAGCUUCCGCGGAGGAGCUGUGCUCGGUGGUCGCGUACUCAUUCACCGUGGCCAAGUCGACGUACCCUGAUCUGUCGACAGCUCUUGGGACGCUGGAAAACAACGCCAUCGCCUCGUGGUUCACAGACCGCUCAACGACCGAAGAGCGCGCUGGCUUGCUUUCCCGUAUGCUGAGCCAAUGUCCAGAGAGCAGCCGCCUCAGUAUCGUGGUCUACGGCAUCCCUCAAAAAGACUGUGCCGGUGGGUUCUCCACAGGUGGAAGCGUGACAGACACCAACAGCUACAAGACCUUUUUGAAGCAACUCACGGACACUAUCGGUGAUCGCAAGGUGCUCUACGUCGUCGAGCCCGAUGCAGUGGGUCUAUUAACUCAAGACAACGGAUGUGGUGCAGCGGCCGGGUACCUCGAAAACCUCAAAGUUGCUGUUGCGGCGUUGUCCGUUAACCCCAACGCAGAGCUUUACCUCGAUGUCGGAUAUUGGAUGUUGGCGUACCCCAAUAGUGCGGCUAAGGUUGCCAAUGCAAUGACAGAUAUCGGCAACUCUGGACGUGUCAAGGGGAUCACUAUCAACACGUCGAACUACCGCUCCAACGACGAGUGUGCCGGAUAUUGCACCAAUUUUCAGAAUGCCAUGGGGUCUACCGCAAUGACCUGCAUCGUAGAUACCAGUCGCAACUACAAUGGUUCGCCUACUAAUGAUUGGUGCAACAUCCCUACUGCGGGUAUCGGUAAACCACCAACGUCGAACACGGGGUACUCAAAUCUCGACUACUUUAUGUGGAUUAAGCCUCCUGGAGAGAGUGACGGCAACUGUUGGGGUGGUCCGGCGGCAGGCUCCUGGGGAUGCCAAAGAUUGGCGAGACUUCUGGCACUAUUGUGA